CUAGGCCGAGUGUGGUGUGAAGGCAUCUGGGAAAGCGGAAGGAGUCCUGGGGAAGAUGGCCAUGGCUCCAGGCCCUUCCCUGGCUCAGGUGUACCCCAGCCCUGUGGUAGUGGCUGUGUUGGAAUGGCAGGAUGGGCUGGGUACCUGGCAUCCCUACAGUGCCACUGUGUGCAGCUACAUUGAGCAGCAGUUUGUCCAGCAGAAGGGUCAGCGCUUUGGGGUGGGCAGCCUGGCACACAGCAUCCCCUUAGGCCAGGCUGACCCCUCACUGGCCCCGUACAUCAUCGACCUCCCCAGCUGGACCCAGUUCCGCCAGGAUACCGGCACCAUGCGGGCUGUGCGUAAACACCUGUUCUCCCAGCAUUCGGCCCCAGGCCAGGGUAUCAUCUGGGAGUGGCUGGGCGAUGAUGGCUCCUGGACGGCCUACGAAGCCAAUGUCUGUGAUUAUCUGGAGCAGCACAUGGCCAGGGGCAUCCAGCUUGUGGACUUGGCUCCCCUGGGGUACAACUACACCGUCAAUGCCACCCACACGCAAACCAACAAAACUUCCAGUUUCUGCCGGAGUGUGCGGCGCCAAGUAGGCCCAAAUUAUCCAGUGACCACCGUCAUUGCUCCACCAGGCCACACAGGAGUCGCCUGCUCUUGCCAACAGUGCCUGCAUGGCAGUGGAACUGGCCCUGUGUCAGGCCGCUACCGCCAUUCCAUGACCAACCUCCCUGCAUAGCCCACACCCCAGGCCUCCCACAGGACCACCGUUGUCUUUGGGGCCCACCAGGGCUUCGCCCCAUACAACAAACCUUCACUCUCUGGGGCCAGAUCUGCACCGAGGCUCAACACCACCAACCCCUGGGCUGGGGCCCCUCCGGCCCUGGGGAACCAGCCCCUCUUCCACUCCAGCCUGUCCCAUGUGGGACCACAACUCCUGCCCCCUGGACCGUCCACUUCCAGCGGAGCCAGUGCCUCCCUCCCCAGCGGUCCCUCCAGCAGCCUUGGAAGUGUCCCCACCACUGUGCCCGUGCAGAUGCCAAAGCCUAGCAGGGUCCAGCAAGCACUUGCAGGGGGCCCUCCAAAACCAGAGCCAGAACAGGUGAUCAGAAACUACACCGAGGAGCUGAAGACCCCUCUGGAUGAGGACUGCAUGAUCUGUAUGAAGAAGCUGUCUGUGGUUUCCGGGUACAGUGACAUGACUGACAGCAAGACCCUUGGGCCUAUGGCCGUGGGCCGCCUCACCAAGUGCAGCCAUGCCUUUCACCUGCUGUGCCUGCUGGCCAUGUACUGCAACGGGAACAAGGAUGGCAGUCUGCAGUGUCCCUCCUGCAAAACCAUCUACGGGGAGAAGACUGGCAGCCAGCCCCAGGGGAAGAUGGAGGUGUUCAGGUUCCAGGUGUCACUCUCCGGCCACAAGGACUGCGGGACAAUACUCAUAGUUUACAGCAUUGCCCACGGCAUCCAGGGCCCUGAACACCCCAACCCUGGGAAGCCAUUUACCGCCAGAGGGUUCCCCCGCCAGUGCUACCUCCCAGACAAUGCCCAGGGCCGAAAGGUCCUGGAGCUCCUGAAGGUGGCCUGGAAGAGGCGACUCAUCUUCACAAUCGGGACGUCCAACACCACAGGCGAGACAGACACCGUAGUGUGGAACGAGAUUCACCACAAAACGGAGAUGGACCGCAACGUGACUGGCCACGGCUAACCUGACCCCAACUACCUGCAGAAUGUGCUGGCUGAGCUGGCCACACAGAGAGUGACCGAGGACUGCCUGGAGCAGCAGUGACCCACAGUGCCACUCGGUGUGCCUUUGCUGGCCACCCUGGCCCCUAGGCUGCCCUGAGAGGCUGGAACACAAGUCGAGGGCAGCUCUCAAAGCCAGCUGUGCCCACCUCUCCUGCUCCCCUCAGGCAGGGAUCUGCAUGGGAGCUGGGCAGCCCUGGGAGGAGGACUUGGGGGGCUUACGAUGCAGCUACCUCAUCAGGGAUGGCCGUGUCCUCGAGGCUGCUCUGGGCCCCAGCACCAGGCCUGGCAGGAGAGGAGCUGGUCCUCCUCAGCCAGGCAGGCACAGGUCCUGGGUCCGCUUCUUAUACCUCACAUUUUAUUUGCAAUAAAGGCGCGAUAGCCAAAAAAAAAAAAAAAAAAAAAAGGAAA